CUGACAGAAUGUUCAGCAUGGCCUCUUGCGAAAGCUCUGAGGACGAGGAUUUAGCAAAGUUUGCCGUUAUUACGAACGUCGUUGACACAGAAGUAGCGAUGAUAAAAGGAAAUGGUACUUCUCUACCAAAUUCAAAGUCCAAACUAAGUUUGAGACAUUGGCGGAAGGAAGAGGAUAUUGCUUGUUCUUCGUCAGAAUUGAUAACACCUGAGUUUAGACACCAUGUUGCUAAAAAGAUUUCAAAGUUUUUGGAUGAGAACUUCAUCUGCUCUGAAAAAAAUACUGGCUUGCAAGAUGACCUUGUCAGCAGUUCACAUGAACCCUUAGGAAUCAAACUGCUCUCAAAAUCCAAUCAGUUACUACUGGGAGAAUCUGCAAAGGAAGUGCCUAGCUCUACUGUAGCAAGAAAGAAUACAAAAUUCUCAGUUAGCAGCGAAAGUGAUACUGAUGAAGAAGAAUUGAGUCGUUUAGCAGAAGCAGCAGUGUCUGGACACUCAGUCAUUCAAGAAGGACCCGGUGGAGGUGAAGAAAAAGCUGAAGACGAAGCUAAAACUGAAAGAAAACGGAAAAAAGAGAAGAAAAGAAGCAAGGAAAAGAGGAAAAAGAGAGUGAACGGAAGGAAGUUUCACGCCUAUGAUGCUCGGUACAAAGAUAGAGAGGCACUCUCCAUGAGCAAUACGAACGCAACACUGAAAGGCGUCAACUGA